UGUUUUGAUCAGGAGAGGGUGCUGGAGAAUCUUCUUCCCUUUACCCCCGGUAAUCGGUCUUAUUCAUCAAAUCCACGGCGUCGAUCGGCGUCGCUUCGACGUUUUCUCAAAAUCGGUCCUCGUUUUUAAGGAUCGAUCGACCCAACGUUUGAUCCAACGAUCGAUCCAACGAUCCAUCGAUCGAUCGGGGGAGCAAACGAGUACGCGAACAGACAGGCGAUCCCGUGUGCAGUGUACGAGAAAGACCGUCCACCUCCCCUGCCUCACUCGCGUCGUCUCUCACACCAAUCCAUAUGUAUGGGGUUGAGGCACAGGCGACGCAAAUGUGCUGACUACAUUACGCCGCUAUAUAAGAUAGCCGGGCACUAAGAUCCCCACAGACCGAGUCAGAUCGGCAGACCGUUCACAGACGGACUCCGGCAGGACAACACACGGCCUUAGACGGCAACCACAACAAACGCGCCGAUCCUUUCUUCGCUCUCUUUAACUACUUGCUACGAUCACCGAGGACGAGAAAAGUAGCCGGUCUGCCAGAAGCUAAGAUCUCCGCAACCCGAGCGAAACGUGUCCACGAGUGUACCCGCGCCACACGCGAUACGCCGAGCCGGCGAACUAACGCGUUUCCUUUCCUCCUUCUUCUUCUUCUUCUUCUUCUUAUUCUUACUCUUCUUAGUCUUCUUAUACUUCUAUUUCUUCUUAUUCUUAUUCUUAUUCUUUUACCAUUUGCAUCUUCUUGUCAAGUGAAAUAUCGUGCGUGAGAAAAUCGAAGACAUGCUGUCGCUCAGCCUGACGACUUCCUUACUUAUCGCUGUCACCGUGCUAGCUCUCAUUCUUAUCCUGAUCGAUCAUCUUCGAUCGGAAAAGGCUAGGAAACGCGAGAAAAUUCUUUACUCGGAGGGAUCGUUUCUACCAGAACCACCUGGUCCAAAACCUUGGCCAAUUUUGGGAUCCCUUCAUAUACUUGGACGUUACGAUGUGCCUUACAAAGCCUUCGCCGAUCUCGUCAAGGUCUACGACAGCCAAGUGAUCAAACUUAAGAUGGGAUCGGUACCUUGCGUCGUCGUCAAUGGACUCGAAAAUAUUAAAGAAGUACUCUUCACCAAGGGACCGCAUUUUGACUCCAGGCCAAACUUUGUUCGGUAUCAUCUACUCUUCUGUGGGAACAAGGAGAAUUCUCUUGCCUUUUGCAACUGGUCCGAGUUACAAAAGACUCGUCGAGAGAUGCUGAGAGCUCACACGUUCCCGCGUUCCUUUACGAUGCGUUAUAACCAGUUGAACGACAUAAUAGGUGCCGAGUUGGAAAUCAUGAUGGAUCAUCUAACUUCGUUCUCGGGAGCAAGCGUUCAUGCCAAACCGCUCGUUCUUCACACCUGUGCUAGCGUCUUCGUGAAAUAUUUCUGUUCUAAGAGUUUCACGUUCGAGUACAAACCGUUCCGCAGGAUGGUGGAAAAUUUCGACAAAGUAUUCUUCGAGGUUAAUCAAGGUUACGCUGCUGAUUUCAUGCCUUUCUUAAUGCCACUUCAUCAACGAAAUAUGACUAGAAUGGCUAAUUGGAGUCACGAAAUUCGUCAUUUCGUCGACGAAGAUAUUAUUGGAGAACGAUUGGACAAAUGGACGUCUCUCAUACCCGAAGAAGAUUACGUCGAUUGUCUGAUAAAUCACGUAAAGACCGAUACCGAACCAACAAUGACUUGGGACGUGGCUAUGUUUGCAUUGGAAGAUAUAAUAGGCGGUCAUUCGGCUGUUGGCAAUCUUCUCGUGAAAAUUUUAGGAUUUUUGGCGACUCGACAACACAUUCAACAAAUGGCACAAAGAGAGAUCGAUUCGGUUGGCAUAGAGGAGAAAUUUGUUGGCUUGGGAAACAGAUGUUUGAUGCCUUACACCGAAGCUAUCAUCUUGGAAGCUAUCAGAUUGAUCGCCAGUCCGAUCGUACCUCACGUGGCCAAUCAGGAGAGUUCCAUAGCAGGUUAUAGAAUCGAAAAGGACACGUUUAUUUUCUUAAACAAUUACGAAUUAAAUAUGUCCGAAGAGCUUUGGAUCUCGCCGAAAGAAUUCAUGCCGGAAAGGUUCCUUCGUGACGGAAGACUUCACAAACCGGAACACUUUUUGCCAUUCGGAGGUGGACGAAGAUCGUGCAUGGGUUAUAAGAUGGUUCAGUAUAUAAGCUUUGCGACGAUUGCUACGUUAUUGAAAAACUUUACGAUAUUGCCAGUAGAUAAGGAAAGUUAUAAAGUACCGAUCGGUACUUUGGCACUGCCAGAAAAGACCUUUAAUUUCCGAUUUGUUGAAAGACGGUAGAAAUCUAACACGAAAACGUAAUAUUCUAUCUAGACUUUCAUCAGAAUCCUUUAUCUUAAUUAGUCCUCGAUAGAAACGAGCUUUACAAUCUCUCUCGUAAAGGAAGAAUAAAAAAUAAUUCGAAAGUGAAAGACAGAGAGAGAGAGAGAGAGAGAGAGAGAGAGAGAGAGAGAGAGAGAGAGAGAGAGAGAGUUGCCAAAGAAGAUUCUCCUCUGACGUAAAAUAUCGAAAGGAGGAUCUAAUGAAAUUCCUUUAACAAUCGAGAGAAGAAUCUUCCUAUCGACGAAAUUUUACUAAGACUACUACAGAUCCAAAAGAAAGAAAAAAAAAAGCCAACAACAAAAGAACAACAAACCGAAGAAUUUUCACUUCGAUCGGACCAUAUUAUAUCAACAACGAAGAUAUUCGAUCUUCGGUAUCGAGAGAGCUUUACUGACAUUAUUAGAUCGUUAAGAUAGCAAAUUUGAUCGAGCCAUCAUUGACACGAUCAUUACAACGAUAAUUUAGAAACGAGUCUCGUCAAGUUGAUACGAGGAUUGAAAAUAAUCGUGAUCGCUUAUUCAAAGUGUGCUUCUUUCUUUUCUUUUUUCUUUUUGUUUCCGUCUUUUUUUUCAUCUUUCUGUCUCUUUUUUCUUUUUUUUUUUUUUAUUACUUGUCCUUUAAAAAAUAUCACAUUUAAACGUAUCUAUAGUAUUAUUGAAGAAAAAUAAUUUCAUUAUUAAAAGAUCGAGAUGCUCGAGAUGGAACGAUCUUACUCUUACAAGGAGACUCGUUUCGUGCUCAUCAAGUUCGUGCCAAAUCGCUAGCCAAUCCUGACAAUGAGAUCCUGGCUUAGCUAAUUUUGUUUAAAGAAAUCGUCACGUAUGUAGAUACGAAUUUAUCCUUCGAUAACAUUUCGCAAGACAAAACGUCCGAUAGUUUCGGUUUUGACUUUACUAUCGCAAAGAACGUUUCUCUUAUCCUUUCUAUCAAUUUCAAUUAAAAGAAAGAUCAAUGAAGAAAGACAAAUUUUAAUGAAAUUAGAAUUGUCGAUAAUGCUCGACGACGAACUCGUUUAUCUACUUCUUUUUAAUGGAUAAUAUUCAAAGAAAUACAGAUGAGUCAAAAGUUCUUGAAUGUAUUGAUCAAAAACUUACUAAUCUCUAAAGUUUUACAAUUUGAAAAGAAAAAAUUUGACCCGGAAAAGUUUCGAAGAAAAUACAAAAAAGAAAAGUAACAGGCUCUACUCUGUAUACAAACUCUUAUCAAAUUAAUUAGUGAAGAUCUACAAGUUCGUAUAUCUUUCGAUCGUUCGACUAUUAUUAUAAAAUACAUAAUCGAUUAUUUCGCUGUCGAUGAUCUCGAAAAAAAAAAGAAGAAGAAGAAAGAAACAAAGGAAACAAAAAAAAACAAAGAAAACAAAGAAAAAAAAAGAAAUGAGAAAAGAUUAAUUAUCUUUCCAUUUAUCGCGAAAUUAUAAAUUCAAAAUCGAUGAAAAGAGAACGCGUUUGUAAGUACGUAACCGUAAUGUAUAUCACACAGUACCUCGCCAUCUUUUUCAUAAAUCGUCGAUCAAACUUCAUGACGCGGGGUGCAACAAAGUCUUGACGUUCGUUUCUCCUUUUCGAAAAAGGGGCUCUCGUCGAUUUUGAAAUAGCACCUUGUAAGAGAUAAUUUAUUCCUAGUUCUCGCACGCGAACGGCAUAUUAUCGAUUACGAUUAUUAUUACUCUUUUAAUUAAUGUUAACGUUUCUCAAUGUUAUCGUUAUUAUCGCUUGAUCUGCUAUUAUCAUCAUUAUUAUUAGUACUCGCGAGUAUCGUCGUCACCUUUCCGCCACGCACGCACACACACACACACACACACACACACACGCGCGCACACGGCAUCCUUCUACCCUCCCUUUUUUCCAUCUUCCAUUCUCACCCUUCACCCCCAUGCCCACAUCUCCCACCUCCCACAAUCCUCAACGCGUUUCAACACAUUAAAUUGUACAUUAUUUUGUGUUUGUUAUUUAAUUAUCGUGAUUGUUACGACCUUUUGUUAAUUUAUUAUUUAAGAUUUUAAUAAUAAA